AAUUGACCCGCUCACCGACUCGCUGCCACCCGUCCGUCCCGACUGAUUCAUAAUAGAAUCACAAUUCAAAGAAUAAAUUUACAUUUUUUUUUUUUUCUGGUUCUUUUGAGAAUGAGCAAGAACAAGAGACCUAGAAGUAUCCUAGACACAGAAGCUACAGUGGCCGAUGUUUGGCAACGCGAACUCGGCCUUCUCUCCAACCGGAAUUUCGUGUACCGCCGUCGUGCUUCUGAGGAUCUUAUCCUUCGACUUGAUAUUUACAAGAAGCUUGAUAAACAUCGAGGUUGUGUGAACACAGUAAGCUUCAAUGCAGAAGGUGAUAUUCUGGUGUCAGGCUCUGAUGACAGGCGGGUUAUACUUUGGGAUUGGGUAACUGGGCGUGUCAAAUUGUCAUUCCAUUCUGGACAUAAUAACAAUGUUUUCCAGGCAAAGAUCUUGCCGUUUGCGGAUGAUCGCAGCACUGUUACCUGUGCUGCCGAUGGGCAGAUUCGUCUUGCUCAAAUUCUGGAAGGCGGUGGAGUGGAGACUACUUUGCUUGCCAAACAUCAACGACGGGCACAUAAAUUGGCUAUUGAGCCUGGAAGCCCCCAUGUACUUUAUACUUGUGGUGAAGAUGGACUAGUGCAACAUAUUGAUUUGAGAACUCGGGUUGCUACUGAACUUUUCACUUGCCGUCCAAUUGCUGAUAGAAGAAGUUACAUGCCAGUAGUAAAUCUAAAUACAAUUGCAAUUGAUCCAAGAAACCCAAAUCUCUUUGCAGUUGCUGGAUCGGAUGAGUAUACUCGACUUUAUGAUAUUCGCAAAUAUAAGUGGGAUGGUUCUACAGAUUUUGGUCAACCUGCUGAUUACUUUUGCCCUCCAAAUUUGAUUGGUGGUGACCAAGUUGGAAUAACUGGCUUGGCCUUCUCGGAUCAGAGUGAGCUUUUGGUUUCAUACAAUGAUGAAUUUAUCUAUUUAUUUACUCAGGAUAUGGGAUUGGGGCCUAACCUGGUGCCUUCCUCUUCAUUAUCUACUGGGAGUGACGCUAGUGAAAUGGCACCUGGUCAUCCCUCAUCUCCAUCUACUAUGGAUGUUGGUGAUAUAGUUAUUCCCCAAGUUUACAAGGGGCACAGAAAUUGUGUCACGGUAAAAGGAGUGAACUUCUGUGGGCCGAAAUGUGAAUAUGUGGUCAGUGGGUCAGAUUGUGGGCGGAUAUUUAUUUGGAAGAAAAAGGGUGGAGAGCUCAUUCGUGUCAUGGAAGCAGAUAAGGAAGUGGUAAACUGUAUUGAGCCUCAUCCUCACUCUACAGUGCUUGCUAGCAGUGGAAUUGAAAGUGACGUCAAGAUAUGGACCCCAGAGGCUAGUGAGAGAGCUACUUUGCCCACAAAGAUCGAACAGGUUCCGCUACCUGGUCGCAUUCAUUGGAUUGCACUUGGUGAUGACGAUGAUUAUUAUUUUUAUGAUAUUGAUGAUGACGAUGACGAUGACGAUGACGAUGACGAUGACGAUGACGAUGACGAUGACAAUGACGAUGACGAUGACGAUGACGACGACGACGACGAUGUUGGAGAUGAUGAUGAUGAGGAGGAUGAAGACGAUGAUGGGGAUAAUGGUGAUGAUGAUUAUGAUAAUGACGAUGAUGAUUACAGCUUGGAAUAUGUCAAUGAUGUAGAUGAUGAUGAUGAUUGGUGUGAUGACGAUGAUGACGGAAGCACUAAAGUUGAUGAUGGCAAUAAAGAUUCUGAUAAUUUUGCUGGAGGUUAUGAUAAUGCUAAUAAUGACCAUUUGUGAUUUUGCACUUUGUGUCCAGUUCAAACCGAAGGCUAGGGGCUGGAUGCACCAUGUAUCUUCACCGGAGGACCUGAUGAUGCAGUUAUUUUCACUGCAAAGGCGAAGGACCGAUCCAGAUCCAGAGCGUGUUGGUGAAAACUCAGCUGCAGGUCAGGA